ACUUGAUCUAACUUUCAUUAUGGAGGACUACCACAAACCAGACCAGCAGACCAUCCAGGUCCUCAGGAACAUUGCCAACCGCCUCCGCAUCUACUGCAUCAAGGCGACGACUGCAGCGGGCCAUGGACAUCCCACGUCAUGCUGCAGUGUGGCCGAGAUCAUGUCUGUGCUGUUCUUCCACACCAUGAGGUACCGCCCUGAAGACCCUCGCCACUACAAUAAUGACCGCUUUCUCCUGGCCAAGGGCCACGCUGCUCCGGCCUUGUACUCCAUGUGGGUGGAGACUGGCUUCCUCAAGGAGAGUGAGAUGUUCAGCUUAUGCCAAGCCGACUCCUCUCAUGAGAGCCACACUAUGCAUAAGCAGCAUUUUGUAGAGGUAGCUCAUGGCUUCUUGGGCCAAGGCCUCGGUGUGGCCUGUGGAAUGGCCUACACUGGAAAGUACUUUGACAAAUCCAGUUACCGAGUGUUUUGUCUGAUGGGAGAUGGGGAGAUGUCCGAGGGCUCUGUGUGGGAGGCCAUGUCGUUCGCUUCUUACUACCAGCUCGACAACCUGGUUGCCAUUUUGGACAUUAACCGCCAGGGCCAAAGCGACACCGCUCCUCUGCAGCAUCAUGUGGACAAAUACUACAAACGAUUAGAAGCCUUUGGGUGGCAUGCUAUCAUAGUUGAUGGACACAGCGUAGAAGAGCUGUGUAAAGCUCUGAGUCAGCCCCGCCAUCAACCCACUGCUAUUAUUGCUAAAACUGUCAAGGGCAAAGGCAUCCCAGCUGCUGAGGAUAAGCAAGGCUGGCAUGCCAAGCCCCUGCCCAAAGAUAUGGCCGAGAUGGUGGUAAAGGAUUGGCAGAGUCGCAUCACAAACACCAGUAAACACCUGUAUCCAUCCGCUCCCAUCGAGGACUCUCCCCCUGUUAGCCUGAGGAACAUCCGAAUGCCCAGCGCACCCAGCUACAAGGCCGGAGAAAAGAUUUCCACCCGAAAGGCCUAUGGGAUGGCUCUGGCAAAGUUGGGUCGCUACUAUGAACGUGUGGUAGCUCUGGACGGAGAUACCAACAACCUCACCUACUCAGAGAUCUUCAAGAACGAGCAUCCAAAUCGCUUUGUGGAGUGUUAUGUAGCCCAACAAAACAUGGUCAGUGUUGCAGUGGGCUGUGCUGCUCGUGAUAGAAACCUCGUGUUUGCCAGCACACUCUCCUCCUUCUUUACCAGGGCCCAUGACCAGCUACGAAUGGCUGCCAUGUCUGAGAGCAACAUCAAACUGUGUGGCUCCCACUGUGGCCUCUCUAGUGGUGAAGAGGGACCAUCUCUCAUGGGACUGGAGGAUUUUGCCAUGUUCAGGGCUCUUCCCUCUUCAACUGUCUUCUACCCGAGUGAUGGAGUGACCACAGAGAAGGCCCUGGAUCUUGCUGCCACAACAAAGGGUUUGUGCUACAUCCGAACCAGUCGCCAUGACUGUCCCAUUAUCUAUAAUAGUAAUGAGGACUUCCAUGUUGGACAAGCAAAGGUGGUGUACCAGAGCAAAGAUGACCAGGUGACGGUGGUAGCAGCAGGGAUGAUGAUCCACGAGGCUUUGGCUGCAGCUGAGCAUCUGAAAAAAGAGAGGAUCUCUAUUAGGAUAAUUGACCCAUUUACCAUUAAACCACUGGAUUACAAAACCAUCAUUGAUCACGGGCGUGCCACAAGAGGACGAGUGCUCACUGUGGAGGACCACUACUAUGAAGGUGGCCUGGGUGAAGCCUUGAGCUCUGUGAUGGUGAAUGAGCAGGGCUUUAACCUGCAUUGUCUGGCUGUGUCUCAAGUUCCCCGAAGCGGAAAACCUCACGAGCUGCUCAAAAUCUAUGGCAUCGACCGCGAUGCCAUUGCCCAGGCCGUCCGCAAACUCAUGAGCAGCUCCACCAACGCUAAGUAACUCUGAGGACCUUGGCCCGUGCUUAGCGUUGUCAAACACAUAUUUUUUUCUUCUCUUUUUGUCACUGUGAAUGUCCCCAGGUCUUUAAUAAUAUUAUGUGACUUUGUGAUGUAGAGUUAAUUUAAUGCAUCUUAUACACUUCUCACAAAAUUGCAAUAAAACAUCCCUUCGCCCAAUCAAAAAACAAUUCAUAAAUCAAAGAAUGACAAUAACUAACCUGGCCAAUAGUUGCUGACUGGUGCUACAUGACAUUCUGAUGGUAUUAUGUGUUUCUACAGGCUUUUUACUAAGUGGGACUUUUUGUAUUGUAUUUGUGAUGCUUAACGGGUACAUACUAAUGAGGCAUAACAUUAUGUGGAGU